AUGAGUCCUCUGCCUCCCGACCCGUACAAGAUUCUCGGCGUCUCCAAGGACGCUCAAAUCCCCGAGAUCCGGUCCGCCCACCGCAAGCUGGUCCUCAAGUGUCACCCGGACAAGGUUCAGGACCCCAAGCUCAAGGCCGAGAAGCAAGACGAGUUCCAAAAGGUCCAGGAGGCCUACGAGCUACUGUCCGACGACCGCCAGCGGCAAAAGUACGACGAUCAGGUUAAGCUUGCCGAGCUUCGUGAGCAGUUCCGCAACAAGGCCAACAUCUCCACGCCGCGCUCGUCGCCUAAGGAGUACAAUGUCUACACGGCUGAACCGCGGACAACGACCCGGCCUCGGUCACCGGCCGCAGGUCCCAAGGCGUAUCCCACCUACUCACGGUCAUGGGAGGAUGACAUCGCUCGCGGUCCUCGCAUUUUUGACGCCGGCACCCCUCGGUCGUCCAAGAGAGAGGCCAGCUUCGCGGAGCGCGCGUCAAAGCGAGAGGUAGAGAGAGAGCGAGAAAAGGACCGCGACAAUAGGGAACGGGAGAAGGAGAGGGACCGCGAGCGACGCAAGCGGGAAGACGCUAUAAGGCGUGCCGAAAAGGACGCCAAAGAGCAGCGUCGGGCCGACAAGAGGCUGCGGGAGAAACAGCGCGACAAGGAGAUCCGUCGGGAGACAGAUGAGAAGAAGCGCCACGCUCGGCCCUACAUCGAGACGUACGACGAAGACUCGCCGCCCAAGUUGGACAAGAAGAAGUCAAGCGGCAAGCGGUAUGAGGAGAAGCGGGACCGAUCCUCGGGACGCGAGGACGCGCCCAUUCCGCCGCUACAGCAGAGGUCGUCCUCGGAAGCCUACUUUUACGCCCAGUCGUACAUCCAAGCCUCCAAAGCCAAGGGGGCGCCCGGCAUUCAGCGGUCGGCCACCUACCAUCCUCGCGCGCCGCAGCCCCCCGCGGCGCCUACGCCGCCCCCAGUCGCAGCACAGUCGCCGUUUGCCGCACCUCCCGACGAGGAGAUACGGCGUUCGUCGGCCCGCCCGCGCCGUGGCUCCGCUGAUGAACAACGACGGCUCUCCAGGGAGCGCUCGUACCACGCGUCAUCGCGCGAGGCGUUGGACGACCCCGUUGUCGUCAACGCGUCGCCAGCGGCCAGGCACACGGCCCAGUUUCAAAAGUCGGCCUCGACGACUCCCGUCAUGUCGAGCUCGCCGCCCCGCGUCACACGCACCACCACCAUGCCCGUUGACGCGGGCUUCUCACGUCCUGUGCCGGGCAUCACCCGGGCUCAGACUUUUAAUGCUUUUGGCGAGAGCGCCCCACGCGGCCGCGACCGCUCGCGCAUGCACUCGCAAAUUGAAGAGGAGUCGGAUUCAGACGACGCAUAUGAGCGAAGAGCUCGGGAACGCGACCACAAGCACCGGAGCCGGAGACACCGGUCGCCUGAGCCACGCGUUGAAAACGUCUCGCGCUAUCAGGUGGACGGCGGGCGUGCCAAGCUCCAGAACUACUCGCGCCGCCUCGAGACCGAAGCGGACCCGUACCGCUACUACUCGACAGCUGGUGGCAUCCCUGUCGUGGAAACGCGACCGCCGAUGCCUCCUCGCGAGGGCAGCUAUUCCGCCUCGGGGAUGAAGUUCCCCAAAGUGAGGACGUCUAAGUCCUACGGGUAUGACGACGUGCAGUACAGCAACCACUACUACGAGAAGCCGCAUCGCGAAGAGUACUCGGCAUAUGCAUGA